UUUACAUAUUUGUAUGCUCGCCAUUUUGGUUAGCAUCUAAUACACAAGUGUUUUGGAUAAGAAUCCAACAAAAAUCAGAAGCCAUCCGUGUUGCUUCUUGAUUAUUUCUUUGUCAGUUUGAUCUAGAAACAAACCCAACGGAACGAGCCGGCAUACUUGCGGUUCGUUCAUAGGGUAUACGAGAAAGCCUUCAAUGUGUGUGCUUCGGCAAGAUGUCCUCAGUCUCGGGGUUAGGCAAUAGGGGGGAGAAAGGCAAGGGCAAGUUCACGGCGAUAAAUAUCAACAACAUAUAUAAGGGCAAAACCGUUGAAACACAAAAGACUGCGGUCCCUCGUCAACAUGGGCUACAAAGCUUGGGUAAGGUGGGAACAGCACGGCGUAUGCAGCCUCCGGCUAAUUUGCCCAGUUUGAAGAGUGAGAACAGUGGAAACGACCCAAAUAUCAGUCUUGUUCCGACCGGAGGUUCAGGAUGGGGAACGAAAGAGGAGAAGAAAGAGGAAGCCAGUGGAAAACCGCCGCAACAGUCGCAGCCGCAGCCGGCUACGUCGGCGCCAUCUGGGCAAUCAGUACCAACUACCAAGACCAGUGUAUCUGGGGGCACCAACACAGGGGUAAAGUCAUGGAGCAGUAUUACUGGUGGGGGCACCUCACAGGGAUCUCUUGUGAGUCAUCAGUCACCCUUGUUCCAAGAGGAAUUUCCAAGUCUAGCAUUGGGGGAAGAAAAAGAAACCAAGGACAUAAAAAAGAAGGAAGAAAAAACAGAUACUCAAUAUGGACCAGGGCCAAGUUUGCGACCACAAAAUGUAGGGAGUUGGCGAGAAGGAGGUGGGCGUGGCGCCAUGCAGCAACCACAGCCAAAACAAGACAGUCUAUCACCGACGUCUUCACCAUCACAGACCCUCACAGAAACACAGCCGAAUGGCCCCCCGACUCCCGGUGGGGGCGACACCCCCUCUCCCUCCCCGCAGAUCCCCCCACGACCCAGCUCUAACCAGGGCCCCACAUCAACCCAGGGCCCCAUGCCCAUGGCACCUCACAUGGGCAUGCCGCACCCCCAAUACAGAGGAAUGAUGCCACCCUAUAUGUUUGGCAGAAUGCCGACUGGCUAUCCACCUAACUACCCAGGGAUGCCACGGCCACCUUACCCUUAUGAUGGAAGAUACAGAGGCCCACCUCCACACAUGCCACCUCGGCCACUGGAUCGAGAACGAGAUCGUGAUCGAGAUCGGGACAGAGGAGAUCGAGAAGGAGAAGAGGGUGUAAAGAGACCUGCCAUCAUAUCGGAUAAGGACCUGAAAGAGUUUGAUGAUCUUUUACGCACAGAGCCCAAUGAUGGUGGAUGGGCUGAUGCUCAAGGAGAAAUUGAUUAUAGUGCUAAGCUUGUGUUCAGUGAUGAUGAAGAUGAGUCAGGCAAAGAACGAAAGAGAGACCGGAGACCAAGAGAUAUUAGAAAACAAGAAGAAACACGAGACCGACAUGGUGAACGCCAGAUGGACAGACAGCAUGACAGACCACAUGACAGACCGGAUCGGCAAGGAGAUCGGCCGAUGGAACGACACAGUGACCGACACAGUGAGGAUUCUGAACAUGAUCGGGACAGGGAAACAUCCAAAUAUGACAAGGAAAAGGAUGACCAGGGCCCUCCUAAAUCCCGAGAGGGAUGGACACAUGGACCUCCACCCCCACAGUACAGGGGUGGUCCUCGACCUCCGCCACCAGGAAUGGAUGGGCGUUGGCCAAUGCAUCCCUACAACUUCAUGUCUCAACAAGGACCAUACCCUCCCCAUUUCCGUAUGCCUCCUCCUCCACCCAACCAGAGACCAGCACCAUAUGGCCCACACCCACCACAGCUGAACCGACAUUCUGGAGCAGAGGAUGAGGAUGAGAUUUGGAGACAAAAGAGAAGACAACAUGGAGAAGAAGUAAAUGCAGCUGUAGAAAGAGCACGACAGCGACGAGAAGAGGAUGAGAGACGCAUGGAGGCCGAGAGGAAAGCCGCAGCUGCUGAGAAAUUAAAGCAGCUGGAUGAGAGAACAGGCAAAAAGAAAGAGGAUAAGGAGAGCCGAGAUGGAGCUGAAUCUGAUGGUGGUCGCUCAAGCCGGACUCCCAGUGAGAGUAGUGAGAAAGAUUCAAGGGAUGGAAGAGAGAGAUCUCAUCGGGACAUGUCAAAAUACCCAGCAACAAGUAACCAGACCUUCUCCAAAGCCUAUGCUCGGAAUGUGCCUCCACGAUUUCAAAAACAACAGCAGGAGCAGAUGAUGCGUCAGCAGACAUCGCAGUCCCCCUCCUCCCAGACACCACAGCAGCAGCAGCAGCAGCAGCAGCAGCAGCGCGCAGCAGGGAUCGGGACAACACCCACAGUUACCCCAGGCUUCCGGCCAGGGCAAGGACCACCACCACAUUGGGUAGGAACGCCAUAUGAUCCCCGGGCAUGGGGAGGCAUGCCACCACCCCCAUUCAUGGAUCCCAGAUAUGCUGGAAGAAUGGAAAUGGCUGGCAUGCACAUGUACCCACCCCCACCAAUGCGUCGCCGCACAGAUAGUCAUGGUUCUGGCACAGACAGUCAAGACAAUGAAACCCGACAGCCAGAGCAGUAUGAACGUGAUCCAAGAGACCCACGUACAUGGAUGGAGAGAGGAUAUCCACCUCCACCACCAGGCCCAUAUGAUGAGAUGAGAAGAGGACCAUACUUUGAUCCAAGGAUGUACCAUGACUAUGAAAGAUAUGACUAUGACAGAAAAGAUUAUGAACACCAGGGAGAAUUGGGGGACAGAGAUGACCACCACAGGGAUAAAGAAAUUGAUCAGGAUGGACCCCCACUUGCAGACAAAGCCCCCAAGGAGCUUGAACAUCGAAGCUCAGUGACAAGGAGUCCAGUUGUACAGAGAGAUCCCUUCGAUGAAGCAGUUGGCAAAGAUGACAAAUUGGAAAGUUGGGAUGUUGAUGAAAAAUCUGAAGAGGUUCCACCAGAGCCCCGACGACAGAAACCUGAUUUGGACAAGAGGGAUGACAAAGAGUCUGAAUUCAGGAGGAUGAAGGAUUGGGGAAGUCAUAGCAAUUUUCAAAGCUCACAAACAAGACAUGACAGAGGUCCUCCGUCUCAACCACAAAGAGCAUGGGGAGGAAUCGAUGAGGGCAAAUCACGGCGAGACCAUCACCCAAGUUGUCCACCACCGAUACCUCCACAACAGGCGCAGUCUGCACCACCACCACGCAGUAACUUCAUGUCACUCAAGCGAAGUGCAUCCAACAACUCAACCAGCUCGGCUGCAUCCUCUGAAAGAAAAAGUGAUUCACCAAAGGAGCCAGUUCUCCAUGAAAAGCCAACCAGCUUGAGGAAAGAACCAAGCAGGGAGUCAAUCAAGAAAGAGUCCCAGAGAGAGGUGGUGGCAGUCCCAGAUUCUUCCAGAACUGAAACGGUCUGGAGCAGGAGACAAAGUGAAAAAAACGCAGCAAAGGAAAAACAGCAGGAAUCCGCCCCUGAGCCAAAAUUUGAAAGCCGUGAAGAAAAGAAGGAAAAAACCCAGAUUGAGAGGGAUGGAUUUGAUGAUAGGCGGGAUCGAGGGCCUGGCAAGGACAGACCACCUGCAAAAAAGAAGAAAGAGGAGCCAUACAUGGACAGGUUUGAGCGAGACCGUGACCGAGAUCGUGGCGAUAGGGACAGAACCAGAAGUGUUCCUGGACGUGGUAGAGAAUUUGUGCGUGGUCGAGGACGUGGCAGGGGACGAGGUGCCCGUGGUGGACUUGGUUCUAGCCGAGGACGUGGAAGAGGUGACUUCCACAGUUUGGAUAGACCAUUCAGAGGUCAAAGAUCAGACAGGGGUCAGUCGUUUGGUCACUGGAAAGAUCGUCCUGAAGAUGAUCAAGCCGAGGGGGAGGAUGUUGACACGUCAAAAAGGCGGCGUGGACGUGAUGAGGAGAGUGAUGUGUCUGUUGAUGAGACAAGUGGCACUUACAGUGAAAGCUCAAGUGAGAGGACAUCGGAAGCCAGGGAAGUUGCUCAGGGAAAGGAUAAGGAGAACAAGGAUGUGAAAUUGACAAAAGAAACGAAAGAGGAGAUCAACAACACUCAGAAGUCUGCAAGUCAAAAGGACAAAGGUGCGCCACACCCUCGGGAAGAGCGGGGUAGGCCACGCAAUAAUCCUUGGAUGAGAGAUAGACGAUAUGAAAAUAAUGACCGAUUUCAGCCAAAACCGUAUGGAGAACGUGCUGAUCUUGAUGACGAUAGUAAAGAAAGAGGUGGUGGAUAUCGACAGUCCAGUGCCACUGCCAGUGCCAACGCUGGGGGCUUCACACCAAGAGGGGAACCUUCAAGAAGAGGGAGAGGUGGAAAUGCAGGUCAAGGUCCACCGAGAGGUGGUCGAGGCAGAGGAGGGAGGUACUUCUCAGCUCCACCUCAGAGGGGUGGUUACAGUCGCCCACCCAUGACCAAUGGAGACAGGAGAGAUUAUGGGGACAUGGGACCUCAAAACAGACGGGACAGGAGACAAGAAAGAAACCCCCCUCCUCCGAGAUUCGCCCGAAGAGGUGGCAUGAGUGCUGAACGAGGACGGGGUUUUGAACGUGGAGGUAGAGGUGGUCGAUCAAAAGGAAGAGGAGGAAGUGCUCCCCCUACAACUAAUUCUAAGAAACCCCCAUUGACAAAGCAGGCGUCAAAUGAAGGGGAAGAGUGGGAAACUGCUUCUGAAAGUAGUGAUGUCCUUGAAAAAAAGGAUCCAAAAAACGAGAUAAGAGACGCUAAUAAAGAUAAGCGCGAUCAACCCUCGAAAAAAAGUUUUUCCAGCCAACGGCCUCUUAAUGACCGCCAGAAUAGACGUGUAAAUAAUAGUGUGGAUUCUAGGAAGUCAAAUAGCAUGGAAAGGAGGAAUUCAAAUAAGGAAAAGUCCCCAAACUCGACAAAAAACGGGGCAGGUCCGUCGAACUCAGUACCAAAAGCCAAGGCAACUGUUAAUGUGAACCAUAAGGAGAAUGUGAAGACCGUGUACCGUGUGGAUGGAAUUGUGCCUAAUGAUCCCACGGCCAUCAACAAUGCCAUUAACAGUAUGAACAACAGAAAUAAGAACAUGGGGAGGAAGUCGGACCUGUCAGACGUUUCAAAACCUUUGAAGAAUGAGAAGGAGAAGAAAGACGCCUUGGCUAAUAUUGACAUAAACAACUAUGCAAGUGUGGUGGUUAUUGAUGAUCAGCCUGAAGUGACAAUCGAUGACCCCAACUUUCUAUUUGAGAACAAUGAAGGCUUUCAGGAGGUCACAUCAAAAAAGGCCAUCAAAAUCAAACAGAAGAUGCAGGAAGCGGAGAUGAAGAAAAUGUCGGAGACUCACAAAAAACGAGACCCUGCAUCAAAGGUAAUUGCGAAACCCAAAGGCCUCACACCAAAGAUUGAGCGUGCCAGAUUCAGCAAAAUGAGUCGCUUGCCACCACGCUUUGCCAAACAAAAAGAGCAGAGAGAGAAGGAGAAAGAGGCCAACCUGGAUGUGAUGCCCAAGAUUGAACAGUGGAACAAUGACCUUGCUAACAACAUCCCUGCUCCAGCCCACCUCUCAAAUGGAGACUCCAAUAACUCUGCACCCAAGUCAAACCAGCAACAACAACAACAGCAGCAGCAGCAACAGCAGCAGCAACAACAACAGCCAUCCCAGCAGAUGACUGUUGCCAUGUCUUCCCAGAAGCUGAGUAUGCAGUCCCAGGUGCCACCAUUGUCGAUGACGCCGGCCCCUAUCCCUACUGUGAGUGCGUGGACUAAGCCUAUCAACUUCUCCAUGACUCUGGGGCCAUCGCAGUCCCCCGUAGCGGUGGAUAACAAGAUGGACAAGGGCGACCAGCACGACAGUGGGAUAGAUGUAAGUGACCAGCCUAAUUCUACCGCCUCAUCUACCCGGAGCUCCCCAAGCGCAGAAAACAAGCAUAAGGAUGAGUCUAAGGAUAAAAUGCUGGAAGAGAGAAUAAACAAGGAGCUGGAAGACACACCAAACUUUGAUGCACCCAAACCACAGCCUCAGAGGCAACCUAAGCCCAGCCGCAGUGAGAAGAUGAGUGUGAAAGAGGCCCUACACAAAGAGAGCAGUAAGGCUGUGAAAAAACCUGACUUGGUCAAGGAUAAGAAACCAGACCCCAUUCAGAUGCCGCCCAGUAUCAAAGACCGCUUUUUCAAGAGUGAUGAUACUGAGCUGAAACUCGAGUUUGAGUUUGAUGAAGCUCUCACGAGCUACCAGGCUGAACCCCAACAACCAGAGAAGACUGAGAUUGCAGAACCUCCAAAGUCUGUGACAAUAUCCAGUGAUGUGACUUCAGCAAAUGGACUUGGUAUCAACUCCCCCACUGCCCAUGCUACCCAGGACCUUAACCUAAAGAUAGCUUCAGUGAAGAGUGUGUGGGAAAUGGCACCUGGUCCCUUUGACCAGCAACCAAUCUCAAGUGGAUGUUCUCUGGCUAAUGCUCUGUCAACAAACAGUGACAGUGUGGCUGGCGCUAACACGUUUCCUACAUUCACAUCUGAGGUGGAAACCAUUGUGUCGGCUACAUCAGUUGUCCUGGAAACUGUCAACCGUAAUGAAAACACAAGCAGCCUGUCGCCUGGUCCUAGCACACUUUCGCCUCGACCACAGGACAUACAGGUGUUUGUACCAGAGGUGUCUGACCUCAAACAUCAUGAGAAGAUGCCCAUGGCUGAGCCCACUAAUGUCUGCAAAGCACAACCUGGUCUGCCCAUCUUGCAGGUAAAGCCUCAACAGUUUCAGCCUCACAGUGCUGGUGGCAGUGGAAACUCAAUGGGCCAGCCCACAUCCAAUGUGCUCCAGAACAUGUCUGCUGUUCCAAGUCCUCCUGUCGUCCUGCCCAGUCAGCAUCCUUUCCAGCCCAUACAGCUGGGGUCACAACUGCUGACACAGGAGCCCUCUCGGUUCUCGCAGCCCAACUACGGGUUCAGUUUGUCACAACCUCAGGCGCAGAUCGGGCAGGCUACUCUGACACAACCUAGUCUCUUUCUGCCCACAACUCCUACACAACCAGACCUGUUCCCAUCCCAGCUGUCAGCAUUUGCUCGUAACCAGCCGUAUGGACAGACGGCACAACAGAACACCAUCAUGGUGUCUUCAGCUACCUCCUCUCUCAUGUCCACAACAAUCAAACCACCAACACAGAAUGCAUACAGUCAGCUCCAGAAGAGUAUGCCAAGCAUGGGCCCCAGUUCCCUGCAGUUCAGUCAGAAUCUAAACAACAAUUCUCUCCAGCCAUCUCAGAUGUUCAUACAAUAUGACCCUAGUCAGCUGUUUGGUACAAGUCCCCUGCUGGGGAGCACACAGACUCCUCAGAACAACUCGCAGAUUCUCAGCUCACAGCUGAUGCAGCCAAGGAAUGCAGUACAGAAUGUGCAGCCGGUACAACCAACAUCGUCCUUCUUCCAGCAGACACAACCCUCACUACAGCAGAACUUCUUUGCUCAGCAGCCUACAUCGGCUUUACAGGGUGCCCUCCAGCAGGCGGCAGCUGGUCAGCAGUUCUCAAUGCAGACAUUUGGGAGCCAGGGUGGUCUUGGACUUGCACUGACACCCCCGGGUCACACCCAUGGACAGGGACUCAGUCUCAACCCACAACAGCCCAGCAAGUCCACACAACAGUACAACAACCCUGUACUGCAGCAGCAGUCACCACAGAGCACUCCAAUGAAGUCUCCCCCUCAAAGCAUGUCGGGCAACUUGCUGAGUUCUUCAUCACAGUCUCAGAGCUCCAGUGCUAAGCAUUUUAGUGGGCAGAUCUCCAACAGAACAACUCAACAAAGGUUCCAAAAUGUUCAACAGUUUCAACCAAAAUUUGGUUCUCAAUUUUUGGGACAGCCCAUGCAGACUCAAGCUGCUCCAGUGGUGAGACAUCAGAUGAUGGUAGGGAACAUUGUCCGCUCCAGUGCUCCCCCUCCCCAGCAGAGACCAGCGUUCCCAAACCCAAUCCAGCGACCUGGAGUACAGAUCCAAGUGCAACAACAGCAACAACAGCAGCAGCAGCAACAACAACAACAGCAACAGCAGCAGCAACCACGACACACAACACAGUCACCCUCCUUGAAAGCUCAGCAAGCUAAACAGAGGCAGGAAGCUCUGGCUCUAGCUCAGAAUUUCCUGAACCCACAAAACAAAACUACAAUGAAAAGCACGGCCAAGGCUGACGGUGUGACUGAUCCUUCUGCUGCUUCAACAACCACAAACACGAUUGAAACCAAACCUACAGAUGUCUCCCAGGAUAAGAAGUAACCUGGAAGUCUGUUCCUAUUGUGGACUGUAUGUUCUAUGAUUACUGAAGAGUUUAAGAAUUAAAUUAUUUCUGAUGUGAUUUCAAGUGACAGUGUGACGAGUCUUUGAACUCCAUAAUACAAAUGUGUAACCACUAGAAACUAUUGUGUAGUGUACCAAACCAAUGUUACUGUGACGAACAUUUCUGUUUAGCAGUUGCAUCAUUGACUUUUAGAGACUGUGUUGAUGAAUAUUAUUCUGUGUGACUUUUCACGGACAUGUUCAGUUGUGGAUUUUAUGUGUAUUAAGACUGCCUGAAGAACCUUACUCAUCAAGUUAUGUGCGCUUCCGUGGAGGUGAAGGUGAUAUGUGCCAAGAUGACGUGGUAUUAAAGGCUGGUAAACCAUCCAGGCGUGAAAUCGGCACUCGCGGCUCAAGGAAUGUGAAUUGGACAUUGUGUUAAUGAGGUAGGGUGAAGUACCGAAUGUGUGAAGAAGACGAAUCUCAGGUGUUGUCGAGUCUGUAAGAUUUACUUGAGCAUUUUGAUAGCCCAAAGUGUCCUGUGCAAGGUGGCAGUGGUUAAGAGAAAGGUGGUAAGGCUCUUGAUAGCGUCUGAUUUUAAUAUGAUGUGCCCAUAGUAGAAAUACUUGAUGUGGGAGAUGGGCAAAUAUGAUGCUUAUCAAAGCCUUAGACAGCUAUGUGCUGGGAAAGUAUUGGUGUACACACUGGCUAGAUGCCCCUAAAUCUGGCUUUGUUCUAAAAUCUCUGCAUGAAAGCCAGAUCUCUUAACAUGGUGGAGAAAUAACAUUUCUGUGGUUAUAAGUAUUUCAUUUGAUGUGGGAAGGUGGAGUAAGGUGUUAUGGCUCAAUACCAAGAUCUAACUGGUAGAGUUUGUGACUCAAUCUAUAGUAAUAUAUUGACGUAAAGAGUCACCCUGGUCCUAUUGAUGAAGAUGUUUACCAAAAUGGCGAUUGAAAAUUGUGGUUCGAUCAAAUUUUUUAUUACACACAAGGUGUAGAAAGAAAUUCCUCUGAGGAAAUAUGGUGCCCCCAGAUGUUUUACAGGAUGCAUAGCCCCUGCAAUCUUGUCUACUAACCGAACUACCGUACCCCUGUUGUGAAGGGGUCUUGGCAGUGUGUUCAGACUCUGCAACGACCCAGUGCCCCGGGUUAGCAGUUCUGACACACACUUGCCAUGUGGGUUCUCUCUAGCUAACUAAUAGGUGUUUCCUCACUGUUUUAACUUUAAUUUAUAGUAAUUGUGUUGAGCAUGUUACAAGUGAGAGAUCGAAUGUGGGAUAAAUGUAUCUAUCGGGUGAGUGUGUGAACACAGUCGAUAAACUGACUGUGUGAGGAAUGUACUAUGCCUGUUGUAUUUAGCCCGUGGUUUGAAUCCGUGAAUGUCCCUCAUUUGUUGUCCAGAGUACAUCUCAACACUUUUCAACUGGAAAUCUCAAAGUUUGGACGAUGAGCAAUCAUUCCAGCUUUGACAUUUUUUUAAUGGGUCUGAAGAAAGAUAAUCAUUUGUAUGUUUGUGUAUGUAUGUUCAGAUCUAUGCUGCUGCAAAUUACAGCUGUAUGUAGCUAAUGAAAAAAAUAAAAUGCUUGUACAUUUAUAAA